AUGUCUGAGAACACGGUUCCGCGUGCAGAAGACGAUGUUCUUGGUGGAUCUGACCAGGAGUAUGAUAGACUUUCCGAGAAUCAGCUUGACGUUGAGAUCCAGGACAUGGACAGGGCAGACAUAUCGUUGUGGGGCGACGAGAGCAAGUCUGGCAGCGCGGCUCCUUCCGACACGGCCGUGCACGAGGUUGCCAAGCAACUGUUGUUCCUUAGCGCGCCUCUGAUCACCGUAUCGUUCAAGGACACGACGUUCACUUUGUUCCCCUUGGAUAACAACACUGCAGGCGGCCCGCAGGCGGCGUCGGCCAGAGGGCACAUGCUGGCGGAUGGCGGGCACAUGCACAAGAGCUUUAGCGAGCUGAUAGCAGCUAUUCGUGCGUUCUUGGAGCGAGAAUACGGGCGGCUAGAACUGGCGACGAAGGAGUUGUUGCUCACGUUCCCAGAUCUGGACCUCUGCAUCACCGAGGACAAUACCUACAGCAAGAACAUUAGCAUGAACGACAUUGCCUCGAUCUUCAACAUCCUGCGCGAGAACUCAUUGGAGCGCGACGAGCCCAACAUUCCAGACCACCUGCACAUUGUGCUCACGCUGUGCCCCAGGUUUGUGGCCAAGUAUAACGACCUGGUCGAGCUGGUAGACAGCCAUGCUAGCUUUUCCCACGUGAGGGGCUUCUCCAAUGACCGCCAACACCCACUAGUUAUCGAUGGUAAUGAACCGGUGCCGGAGAGAUACUCCGAAGUCGUGUUAAAGUCCUCGCCAACAGAAGACGAUUCGGAUGAGCUAUUAGAGAUUAUAGAUGGACCGGCCUAA